AUGCCGUGGUUUAUUGGAGGGGACUUUAACACAAUCCUCUCUUCUCAAGACAGGACGGGGAGCGACAUAAAUCGUCAAGCGGAAAUGGUUGAUUUUGUUGAAGCCAUUGAGGACUGUGGUCUUAUGGACCCAGGCUAUGAUGGAUCAGAUUUCACCUGGGCUAAGAAUGGCCUUAUGGAAAGGUUGGAUAGGGUGCUGAUUAGCGAGACGACGGCUCAAACGUUUGAGGCGAUAAGAGUCACAAAUCUCCCACGCAUCGCGUCUUACCACGGACCUCUCUUUGUUAGAUGCAGGCCGACUAACAUCUUUACAGGCGGGAAAGCAUUCCGGUUCCAAAACAUGUGGGUCCGGCAUGAGGGAUUCCGUGACUUGGUAAAAGAAGAUUGGAUGGCUCCCACGGAGGCCGAGGGCAUCCUCAAUUUGAAGAUCAAGUUAGCAAGGAUCAAGAGUACGCUUAAAAGGUGGAACAAAGAGGUGUUUGGGAAUAUUCACUCCAACUUAAAAACCUGUGAAGAAAACAUUGCAGAGGCACAAGCGGAGUUUGAAGGUGACCCCUCGGCCCGAAAUAGAACGGAGGUCAACAAACAAAUUGCCGAGUACAUAUUACUUCUUAAAAUGGAGGAAGAUUUUUUGCGGCAGAAGGCGGCCCUCCGUUGGCUAGAAGAAGGGGAUAAAAAUACUAGGUUCUACCAAAGCUGGGUGAAGCAGAAGAAGAUCCGGCUACGCAUCCACAAGAUCAACGCUAAUGGGUGUGAACUCACGGAUGACAAGGCCAUCAAAGAAUCGGCUGUUGAGUUCUUUCAGAACCUCCUAGCCCCGAGCUAUCCGGAACUUGCCAAUCCGGACCUAAGCCUCCUACAACGCCUCCCCCCUUGGAGCUUUUGA